AUGGAAAUUAUUAGAGAGCCACAAGGUUUCAUCAUCAAUCAGCGGAAGUUUACCUUAGAAUUGUUGGAGGAAUUUGGUUUUUCAGGAGUUGUUGUAUCUUCACCAUUGGAUCCUUCUUCCAAAUUGCAUCUUGACUUGUCACCCCCAUUAGCUGACCCUGCUAUCUAUCGCCGCCUUAUUGGUAAGCUUAAUUAUCUCACAAACACCCGCCCAGACAUCUGCUUUGUUGUGUUCACUCUAAGUCAAUACAUGCAAAAGCCCCAAAUGUUGCAUCUUUCUGCUGGGAUGCUUGUUUUGAGGUAUUUGAAUACCGAUCCAGCACAAAGCAUCCUUCUAUCUGCAAAUCCCUCCCUUGAUCUACUUGCUUUUUGCGAUGCCGACUGGGCUGCUUGCAAGACUUCUCGCCGAUCUGUCAGUGGUUUCUUCAUCACUCUAGGGGCGCUCCAAUCUCAUGGAAAUCGAAAAGAGAUAACUUGGCUAGUUCGUCUCCUCACUGAUCUCUCUGCUCCUUCUACUUUGCCGGUCACAGUCCACUCAGACAGUCAAGCGGCCAUUUACAUUGCUCGAAAUCCAAUUUUCCACGAAAGAACGAAGCAUGUGGAACGAGAUUUCCACUUCGUCUGGCAACAGUACCUCUCCCGUUUAAUCACUCUCUCUUUUCUUCCCUCGAAGCUUUAG